GUGAUGUGAGGAUAAUAAUAACAAUAACAUUUGAUUUAUAUGCUGCCCUUUGGGAUGACUUAACACCCACUCAGAGUGGUUUACAAAGUAUGUCAUUAUUAUCCCCACAACAAAACGCCCUGUGAGGUGGGUGGGGCUGAGGGAGCUCCUAGAAGCUGUGACUGACCCAAGGUCACCCAGCUGUCUUCAAGUGGAGGAGUGGGGAAUCAAACCCGGUUCUCCAGAUUAGAGUCCCAUGCUCUUAACCACUACACCAAACUGGCUCUUCUUAAGCUGGAGAGAAGAGCCUUUGGAAGUGGAAUGGAUCUGCAGUAUCCAGCCAGAGUUUUGCUGUGUAGUUUUGCUGUUUUCAUUCUGGUGGCGUUAUCCCAUGUGAGAGGCAUUUGCCCAUGCAAAGCAAAAGAGUCAUUGUAAUUUGGGAAUUUUUCCCAGUCUCUCCUUGUAUCUUUCUCGGGGCUGGUGAGAUGUAUAAUAACACAGAGCUGUCCUUCCAGGUUUGUCAGCAGGAUUGGCUGUGGAUAGUUCUCGAUGCAAAGAACCAGCGAUGUCCCACAGCACCAAACAGCAUGCCACAGCUCUCCUAAAUGCUGCCGGAAAGACCCAGCACGGAAGCUUCCUGGUGGCUGUUAAACAGGAGAAGGGUGAGGCCUUGCGGCCUGUUGGCGAGAAGCCCCAUGGCGAAGAGGAGGUGAGCCCCCUGCCGGUGAAGAAGCGGGGCUGGCCGAAAGGCAAGAAGAGAAAGAAGAUCCUCCCCAAUGGGCCCAAGGCCCCGGUGACGGGCUACGUCCGCUUCCUGAAUGAGCGGCGGGAGCAAAUCCGCAUGCAGCGCCCAGACUUGCCCUUUCCAGAGAUCACAAAGAUGCUGGGGGCCGAGUGGAGCAAACUGCAACCCACAGAUAAGCAGCGAUACCUGGAUGAGGCAGAGCGGGAGAAGCAGCAGUACAUUAAAGAGCUGAGGGAAUACCAGCAAUCCGAGGCCUACAAAAUGUGUGCUGAGAAGAUGCAAGAGAAGAAGAUCAAGAAAGAGGAUGCUGUGUCUGGAGCUGUCAAUACCCUCCUGAACGGGUACAAAGCUGGGGAGAGUGGCGGUGAUGGCUUCUCCACAUUCGAUACCCCCAUCUUCACAGAAGAAUUCUUGGACCAAAAUAAAGCCCGAGAAGCUGAGCUGCGGCGCCUGCGCAAAAUGAACACCGAGUUUGAGGAGCAGAAUGCCAUUUUGCAGAAGCACACGGAGAGCAUGAGCUGUGCCAAGGAACGGCUGGAGCAAGAGGUGGCCAUGGAGGAAAGGCAGACGAUGGCCCUGCAGCAGCAGCUCCAGGCUGUGCGCCAAGCUCUGACGGCCAGCUUUGCCAGCUUGCCCAUCCCAGGCACAGGAGAGACCCCCACGCUGGGCAGUCUGGAUUUCUACAUGGCGAAGCUGCACAGCGCCAUUGAGAGCAACCCGCUGCAACAUGAGAGGCUGGUGGUCCGAGUGAAGGAGAUCCUGUCCCGUAUUGCCAGUGAGCACUUGUGAGCGGCCACGGCUCUCCCGGAGCAGCUUCACUACUUUCAGACUUUGAACCCGCUGUGGUGCUGGACUCCCCCUCACAGCUUGGCUGCCUUCAACCUCCAGAGCGUCUCUCUGUGCCUCUUCUCUUCAAGGAGCCUUGCGAUCCCCUUCCUGUAACUCCCCUUCCAUGCUCUACCCUCCAUUCUCCCUGCUCUUGUCCGGCAGGCCGGUAGAUUUCAGAAUAGAGCUCAGCAUAAUGAAUUUCCUUACCUGGGUGGGGUGGUGUCGGAUUUUGUGCUCAGUGGAGUUCUGAUUUUCACAGCACAACUUCUAGGUUGGGGGGGGGGCGGGGAGAGAGAAAAAAAAGUUGACAGUAGGGAGCUGGUGCUGCAAGACCAAAGAGGUUAUCAGUACCUAUCAGCCAGGGUGGCCCGAACACACCACCUCAUCAUGGGUAAGAGCUUUUUUGCUGCCCAGAGAUGGAAUUGUGAUCUCUGGGGAUGUGGCUGGCCGCUGUGGGAAUGUUUGAAUCCACUAGAUCAUGUAAAGAUGGGCGCUAGGCAGAACUCUUUCCUCUAGUCCAGAGCUGUCAUGGCUGGUAGCAGUCCUUCCAGUCUGAAAGCAGAUCUCAUCUUCCUCCCGGCCUCUCUCUGCUCAUGAUCAUGUCUCUUUUUCCUCAGGGCUCUCCUCUUUGAACUUCUUAGAAUAUCUGCCUUGGAGCGAGUCAGACCCAUGUAGUUAUAGUGCCUCCUUUGACAGGCUGUGGCUCUCCAAGGUCUUGUGCAGAGAAAGGUCUUACUCUUAUCAGAGAGUGCCAUGGAUUGGCCCUGGGACCUUCUUGCAUGCAAGCUGUGUGUCCACCAUGCAGCUCUUGGCCCUCUGGUUAAAAGCAGAAGAGCAGAAUUGUCCAUUUCUGCCUUGGGCAGAGUCAGAGCAUUGGAUCCUCCAGUUCAGAAUUGUCUAGUCUGGCUGGCUGAAGCUCUCUGGCAGAGAAAGGCCUUCCCCGCAACUUGUUCCAUUAAAACUUUUUUUUUUAACUGGAAAUGUUGGGAAUUGAACUUGGGUACCUUCUACAUGCAAAGAAAGGUGCUCUGAGCUGUGUAUACACCCUGGUGUUUUUGAGGGUGAACCCUGCUCGCUCCUUUCUGGUCUUGUCAGAAGCCAUUCUGCAUUUCCUUGAUGGUGUAUCUGUUCCAUGCUUCCACGACAGCUGUACAUGAGUGACCAGCCUUGGCAGUUGAUGUCAUAAGAAGCUUGCCUUUCUUCUCUUCAUCAAAAAUAAAAGCUUCUGGACCGUGUGGCUGCAAUUGGAUGCCCAGACACUGGUUGGAAUUCAAAGACAGGAGGCCAAGUGGACUUCUAGCAAAGACGGCAGCUUCGGAGAGUAAACUGGCUUCUCAUCAAUUUUCAGGGUUAGAAAGGGCAAUAAAUAAAUGCAUACAUUUGAAUAAUGCUUUGCAUAAUUAUAUCUAGUUGCAGGGUCUGGUUUGCCGGUGGAAAAAUCUGAAUUCCUGUGGUAUAAAAUUUGGACAUAGGUAUUUAUUUUUAGCACACCCACACAUACCCCUCCCAAGUCCCCUUUCUCCUGUGGCUCGUGGAGCAAAUAACCAGUCUCUAUUCCUUCCUAUCUCUUGGUGAAUUAGGUCCAGUUCAUUCAUUGAAUCUCUUUUCUUAGUUUUAUGUACUGAACCAAAAAAAAAAGAGGCUAUUUUAGUGAUGAGGAUUAUGAAUGCAGGAACUGUUUGUGAACAUAAAAUAAAAUAUUUUUUAAAAACCCA